AUAAAAGGGAAGGUGAAGCCUUGUCAGCUCCUCAGCCUCCUGACUGACUCGGGCUUCGUCGGACGUUCUCGUUUCUUUCUUGUUAUAGACUCCGUUGCACUCACACCAAACUCCAUGGUCAGCGCUGUUAAAGUCUUCAAGAAAUCAUCCCCUAAUGGCAAAGUCACUGCAUAUCUAAGUCGAAGAGAUUUCGUCGACCAUAUCACUCACACAGCUCCCGUCGAUGGCGUGGUAGUGGUCGACGAUGAGUACCUGCGAGGAAGACGCAUCUUCGCGCGAGUGGCGGUCAGUUACCGCUACGGGAGGCCGGAAGAUGAGGUGAUGGGACUGAGCUUCUUCAAGGAAUUCCAGCUGGUCAAUACCCCCGUUUCUUUCCAAGAAUCUGAGUCUGACCUGAGCGACAUCCAACAGAGACUGCUCAAGAACUUUGGAGCCAAUGCCCAUCCGUUCAGCAUCAAUUUACCUCAUCACGCUCCUUGCUCAGUCUUCCUUGACAGUGGAAAUGACGACACAAGUCAGCCUUUGGGUGUUACCUACGAAUUACGACUUUAUGUAGCCGAGAAGAAGGAAGAACGUCCUCAUAAGCGGAAUUCAGUCAGUUUUGCAGUGAGGCGAGUACAGUUUGCUCCUCUGGAGGUCACCUCUCGUCGCCCACAUACCCUAGUCAGCCGAGGUUUCACCCUCUCAUCCGGCAGGUUGAACUUGGAGCUCAGCUUGAGCCGAGAAAUUUAUCAGCAUGGGCAGUCCAUCGAGGCUCAGGUGUGCGUCAAUAAUGGCUCGAAGAAGACCGUGAAGAACAUAAAUGUUGAGGUGAUUCAACAUGUGGAAGUUACAAUGAUCAGCAGGCAGUUCAAUCGGGUUGUGGCUUCUCUUGAGUCAAAGGAAGGUUGUCCGAUCACCCCAGGAGACAGCUUUACCAAAACAUUCAUCAUCACCCCUUUGGUUUCUUCUAACAAAAAACGUUUUGGAAUUGCCUUUGAAGGUCAUAUAAAGGAUCAGGACGUUAAUUUGGCAUCUUCUACUUUAGUGCCCAUGGGCAAGAGCUCUAACGAUGCCUUGGGUAUCAUCGUUUCAUAUUCUGUCAAGGUAAAGCUCAGUUGUGGUGCCAUCGGUGGGGAACUUUGUGCUGACCUUCCUUUCAAACUCAUGCACCCCAAUCCUGCCGCUCAGAAGUUCCCAGUGCGAAGGGCUCGGUCCAUCGAUAAAAUUGAGUUUGAAGAGUUCGCCCGUUUGCGACGAAGUUACUCUUUGGCAGAUGACUAAAAUAUAGGACAAUAUGGGUUCUUCCUGUAUUAGGCCUCACAUUGUCAGUAACACUGAUGUGAAAUUGAAGCUGACUUAGUUAUACCAAGUAUUAGCUCUCACUCAUACAUAUGGCCGUAAAACAAUGAUUUUUCAUAGUUUCUUAUUCAUUGUCAUGUGUCACCUUAACUUAUGCUAAUUCCAUACAACUUUAUGCUCAUCUAUGAUAUAUUUUCAAACAGAGUUUGCUAAGUAGUAUAGCUCAUUCAUGACAUAUUUUCAAACAGAGUCUGCAAAGUAGUAUAGUUCUUUUAUGACAUAUUUUCAAACAGUGUUUGCAAAGUAGUAUAUUUUAAAGAUAUUUUUCCAUUUGUAAGAAUUUUUACCUUCUCUUUUACCUAUGUACAAGUAUCAAUAAAAUUAUAUUCUUUU